UAAAAAGCAAGUAACAGUCCGCUCAAUGACUCCACCCAGCAGUAUUACACCAUGUUUAGCCAGUGAGAGCUCACUGAUCAUCUUCAUCAUGACCAUCAUCAUCUCUCUGCUCCUGUUUUCCUCUCUGCUGCCACACCUGACCUUCACUGCUCAUGUGAAUGUGGGAAUAGUGAAUGGAAAAGAAGUCAAACGCCACUCCAGACCUUACAUGGUUUCUCUUCAGAAGAAUGGGAAACAUAUCUGUGGUGGAUUCCUCAUUUCUGAUCAGUUUGUCCUGACUGCCGCACAUUGCUGGAAAAGACGUAGUUUGAUGGUUGUUGUUGGUGCUCAUGACUUAAGGAACGGCAAGAGUUCAGAUCACAUCUCAGUGAAGUCCUACAUCCCUCAUCCAAACUAUGAAGAAAAAAUUCCUUAUCAACCUUAUGAUGACAUCAUGCUUUUGAAGCUAGAGAAAAAAGUGAAUCUAAACAACAAGGUUGGAGUGAUACCAUUACCAAAUGAAAAAGAAGACGGCAAACCAGAGGCUGCCUGUAGUAUUGCCGGCUGGGGAAGACUGACUGAUGGCUCAAUGAGCAAUGUUCUGAUGGAGGCAAAAGUUUCCAUAAUAAAUAACAACGAAUGUAGAAAUAGAUGGGGACCAUCGUACUCAGUCUCACAGAUGAUCUGUGUGUAUGGACAUGGUGGAUCCUGCCAAGGGGAUUCAGGAGGUCCUUUGGUUUGUGGAAACACUGCUGUUGGUGUCACAAUUUUCAGUGAACUUGGUCACUGUAAUUCACCUAAGCAUCCUAAUGUGUAUACUAAGAUUUCAGCAUAUAUUCAGUGGAUCAACAAAGUUUCUGGAAAUGUAUAGUGACUUCAUGGAGAGGAAGAAAUGUUAUUCUUGAAUUCUUCCAUAAAGAUUCUUUUAAUAAAAGUAUCACAUGGCAAGCAUCAAUUAUAGUCAAAGUGUUCUCAUUGUCACAACCAUAUAUAAUUUAGGUAACACCCUCACUAUCCAGUCAUGACUGUAGACUCAUAUCUCAUUGAAUGGGGAAAACUGAAAUACCCAAAACUGUUGGAAAUUAAAGUGAUGCUUUUUUGUGAUUCUUUAUUUAUUAACAUUAUUAAUUUUAUAACUAUU